GCACCACAACCCUCAUCUUUCGUUGAAUGCAACAAGGGGUGUACGUGUCUCUAAUUAAAAGACGGCGUGGAUUUGGAACUAGGUUUUCAUUAUAUGGAGUCAUAGCCUACACACAUUUUUCAUCAACACUUUUCGGAGGGGUGUUCAUCUUUGGUUUUGUGAUGUAGCUUAAUCAUGAACAUUUAGAUUUUUUCCCAUCCUGUUUCUGGGGCAGGCACAGGCUGUUUCUUGCUUUAGCCUACCUUGCAACUAUAUCAAACAUCCGUUGAGGCAUUGCGUUCUUUUGUAUUAUAAAAAGUUGGGAUUUAUCUGAAUGCUUGAGUGGAGCCUGUGCUUUUUUGCAGGCUGAAUAAAAGAAGCCGGGAAGAAAUCUGCCGUCUCUUUUCCUCUUUCAUCUCUAGUUCAUGUGUCGGCCAGAUCUCACUGCGUUGCCUCGCACAUAUUUUGCAAUAUAAUGUCUGGAACCUGCUCGAGACAUGCCUAAGCGACGCAAUGGGACAAGGCGACGAGAACGAUCGUAUUGUGAUUAACGUGGGAGGUAUCAGACACCAGACCUACCGUAGUACCCUUCGUACAUUACCGGGCACCCGGUUAGCUUGGCUCGCCGAGCCCGAUGCCCACAGUCACUUUGACUACGAUCCCAAGAUUGAGGAAUUUUUCUUUGACCGGCACCCGGGGGUGUUUGCCCACAUCCUCAAUUACUAUAGGACCGGGAAGUUGCACUGUCCUGCAGAUGUUUGCGGCCCGUUGUACGAGGAGGAGUUGGCAUUUUGGGGUAUCGAUGAGACUGACGUGGAACCAUGUUGUUGGAUGACUUAUCGGCAACAUCGAGAGGCCGAGGAGGCAUUGGAUAGUUUUGGGGGUGGGCCCCCCGAGAAUUCAGAGGAGGAUGGGGAUGAGGAAACGCUGGGAAUGAUCAAUAGGUUGGCUCUUGAUGGACCAGAUGCCAAAUCCGGGGGGCAUUGGCGACGUUGGCAGCGGUUGCUUUGGGCACUCUUCGAGGAUCCCUAUUCAUCUAAAUAUGCAAGGUGGAUAGCCUUCGCCUCCCUGUUCUUCAUCCUGGUUUCCAUCACCACCUUCUGCCUGGAGACACACGAGGCCUUCAACCCCAUCAUCAACCGGACGGAAAUUGACCCGCUGGACAACAGCACGCGGGUCUACCAGGAGACUGAGACCGUGGUUUUUCUCACCUAUAUUGAGGGGGUCUGUGUGCUGUGGUUUACAUUUGAGUUCAUAAUGCGAGUGACGUUCUGUCCGAGCAAGCUGGAGUUUUUCCGUAACACCCUCAACAUCAUCGACUUUAUUGCCAUCAUGCCCUUCUACCUGGAGGUGGGGCUGAGUGGGCUCUCUUCCAAGGCAGCUAAGGAUGUACUGGGUUUCCUACGCGUGGUACGCUUUGUCCGGAUCCUCCGGAUCUUUAAGCUGACUAGGCACUUUGUGGGACUGCGUGUCCUGGGUCAUACACUCCGAGCCAGCACCAAUGAGUUCCUGCUCCUCAUCAUCUUCCUCGCCCUGGGUGUGCUCAUCUUCGCCACUAUGAUCUACUAUGCUGAAAGAAUUGGUGCCAAGCCCAAUGACCCCCGAGCCAGCGAGCACACUCACUUUAAGAACAUUCCUAUUGGAUUCUGGUGGGCGGUGGUGACUAUGACAACCCUUGGCUAUGGAGACAUGUACCCUCAGACAUGGUCUGGCAUGCUGGUGGGAGCGCUGUGUGCUCUGGCUGGUGUGCUGACUAUCGCCAUGCCAGUGCCUGUUAUUGUCAAUAACUUUGGGAUGUAUUACUCCCUGGCGAUGGCCAAGCAGAAGUUACCAAAGAAAAAGAACAAGCAUAUCCCCCGCGCCCCACUUCUGGGCUCCCCCAAUUACUGUAAGUCAGAGGUAACCUCACCUCACCACAGCACGCAGGACGACACAUGGCCCCUGGCCCCACAAGAACCACCAGAAGAGAUCUUAGAAAUAAACAGAGCAGCUCCACAAGCUGUUUUUCAAGAUCCCAAAGUGAACGGGGAAACGUCCAAGGAGUCAGCCAAGAAAGCAGCCAAGGAGUUAACCAAGGAGUCAGCCAAGGAGUCAGCCAAGGAGGCAGCCAAGGAGGCAGCCAAGGAGGCAGCCAAGGAGGCAUCCAAGGAGGCAGAAAAAGCAGCGCUGGCCAAUGAAGACUGUCCCCACAUAGACCAGAUCAUGUCACCUGACGACGGCCAGAUCUUAAGCCCUAUUGACCGGUCCGAGCAGCAGCCCUGCUUCCUGCUGGCCAUGGGCGGGCGGCCAGGCCACACGGCGGCCAGAGUCAGGAAGGCUGGCUCUUCCCAGGGGAGGUCACUGGCGGAGCCGGCGCCCCCAUACCCACCGCUCGGCCCCCAGGGCCCCCAGGGCUACCCUCUGCUGCAGCUAGCUGGGUGGGUAUGUGGCCAAGAGGAUGGCCAUGCCACACUCACAACCUGACGCCCCAGCCUCUAACACUAAAGAAUAGCACAAUCAAAGAAUUGCCUUGUUCACCACACCGAGAGAUCCUUACUAUCCUUAUGCUCUACAAUAACAUCAGGCCUUCAUCAUAUCCUCUAGUCUACAGUUACACCAGGCAAUGGCAGGACAAGUGCAAGCAAAAGGCUUCUAUGAUGAAUCAACUCUGAAAAAGAAGAAGAAAAAGCUGCUUCCACAAUUGUUUCAGUAUCAAACUAUAAUGCCUGUGUCAUCCGCAGCUUCUUAAAUUAGCUGCUUUGAGCGUAGGGAGAUGAAUCACAAGCACAUAAUACUGUAUAUUGUUGUCAUGGGCUAAUAGCAUUGCUAAAUCUCACCUGCCAUCAUUCCCAGCCAAGUUCCCAGACACUAGCUAAGACAGAACCUGCUACAGCCUCCAUACAGUAUACAGUUUCACAUAUUUUUUUAUCCUGCCUCUUCUAGUGCACAGUGGAGUUUUUUUUGGUCGAAAGGUCACACAUUCCCACUGUCUCCCAUAGUGAACCGCUCUUUGUGAGCAUGAUCUGUUUUGGGUGGACAAGUUCAGUGACUCUCAAGCGCCAUAACACAAACACAACUGUAAUCCACUGUGUCCACAUCAUGAGACUGAUCCAUUACAUGAAUCAAGUAGGAUGAUCACUAACAGUAGCUAAGAGUACACAUGCCCUCACUGUUAUAUAUUCUAUGUAAUGUGUUUAUGAAUGUGCUUCUGAGUGUGUGUAUGGUAUGUCUGUGACUGUGUCUGUGUGUGAUUGUCUAUGUAUAUGUUGCCAAUGGAAAGUGAACCUGUUUCUCUGUUGCUCCAUGUUGGCAUGUGUUGUGCUUGUCUUUUAACUCAACACUGCAUGUCCUGUCCAGCUGAUGGUUGGCAUUGGAGAGGAAAUGUAGCUGGUGGUAAGGGGUGAAGUAUGGUGAGGAAUAAGAGAGGCCACAUGGUAUUACAGUAUAUGACAAGCAUGGUGAGAAGGAAGUCAUACAUUUUCAAUAGCGUCCUACCUCUUGUCUAACACUGAAUAACUUCAGCAAAUAACUAUUUUUAUAUCAUUGCUUCACAAAUAGAUGACAGGCUAUUGUUGUUAAAUAACAGCAUGUCAUAAGAUUAUGUAACAAGAUCACUAUAUAAUUGGACUGCAGUAGAUACAUGUUGAAGUCUAGCUGAAUAUGGCUCUGUGCCAGCACUCUUAUAGACAGUAUUACAAAGCAGACUGGAAACUGUCAGUCUCUCUUCUCCAUUUGAUAUUGUUAACCACAAAAUGAUCUUGAUGUUGAACUAGCUGAAUAAGCGUCAGAUAAGUGUUAGUGCCUGGAGCCAGAUUGGCUGUUGGGCUCUCAACCCUGCUAGAAAAUACAUUGAUGUGCAUUCUCUUUCCGAGCCGUGCCCCCCCCCCCCCUCCUCCAACUGCUCUCUGCAUGCUUCCAGGACCUUAAUCAAACAGAGAACACAUGAAUGGUAAUACAUGUGUACAAUUGGCCGUGAUCAAUAACAUUAUACAUUUUGAAAAAAUAGUGAAAGGAAAUUACUUGAAAGAUAGAGGUCCCAUACUGUUACACUACACCUCGGAAACUCUGUCUCUCCCCAAACAAAGGUUACCAAAUGCUUUAUAGCCUUAGCACCAUUGCCGGCAUGGGGUGCUGGUACUAGAGUGGUGUCAGUGUCUGCAGGGCCCUGCAGCCCACGUUGUGUCCCGUAGUAUUCUGUAGACAUGGAUCAGUGACACAGGUCUCCUGGGGUCCCCUCUAAACCUCUGCCCUUCUCCUUGUUACCCACCCACAGGAACCCCAUCUGCAGCUAGCUCCUGUUCCACCGUGUUGUAUCGGUCUGUCCCAUUUUUGUCCUCUGGACCUUGCUGUCCGUCUUCAGCUUUUCGCUUCCGUCUCUUCUUUUUUCUGUGGUUAUCUAUCUGUGUUGCUUGUUCUCUGUCUCUGUAAACUGUAAACUUCUCAAAACUGAUAAUGGGAAGAGAGUCUUUAAUUUUUGAUUCCAAAAGAUCUGAAACCCUACACCUAUGAAUGGGAGAUAAUAAUCUCUAAAUACUAUUGUGUGGCCCAUCCAAAUGGUGAAAAGGACCCAGCUGUGAAUAUUCACUGUAGGUGAAGUACUCUAACACUUAAAUUAUUGGACCUAGUCUUGUUUUUAUUGAAGGCAAACCAUCAAUAGAUUCAGUAGUAAAUAUAUAUAUUUUUGCUUAUCUAUAUUCUAUUUCACAAUACUUUUUUACAAGGUAAAGAAUGUAUCUUCUCACCACAAGCACAACCACAAAGUAGCUACUUCAAAGAGAAGUCCAAUUUUCCCAGUUUUGGUUGACUUCUUCUCCCGUUCUGCUCCUCUGUCUUUUAUUCUGUCGAUCUUCCUAUCCUGCUACAAUCCUCUCUUUCUCUGUUGGUGUGGCUCCCCCUCAGGGACGUGGUGUGCAUGAACACAGCUCCGACCCAACAGAUAGUUGGCCCAGUCACACACUCUGUUCCUCUGCUGUCCUCUCAGCUUGUCUCUUUCUUUCACUUCUCUGUAUCUCUGUCCUUUGUUUUCUCUCCCUCUCCUGGAUCACCACAGAGCAAGUUUUUUAUUUAUUUAUAAAACAUAUGUUAGAGGUCCUCUUUCUCUGUAACCCCCCCCCACCCCCACCCCACCCCAACUGUCUUACUUUUCUCAAAUGCAUCCAUCCUUUUGAGAAUGAACAAUGACUGGCUGAUGCUGAGCAACCCAACCCUCCCGUGUAUUCUCUACCACAGAUCCCUGUAAAGAGGAGACUGUCUUAGUUAAGUAUAUGCAGGCAGAAGUUCUCAGAGUGACCUGAGGGGGGCGCACCACAGUCUGACUGAGUGGGAGAAACCAACGCUUUGGGAGAAAUCUCCCUCUCCAACGUUUCUUGAUUCCACGGAUGGAGGGCUUGACAGGGCCACAUUCACAGUGAGGAAGAGAAACAGUAGAUACAGAGGUUUCUUACAGUGAGCUCACCCAUCUCACUUUGGAGGACAGGUUUUCUCUCAAACAUCAAGAUCGAAGAAGUCCUUUUUGCUUUUCUUCGUUGUUGUUUUUGUAUGGACUUUUUCCUCAAUGAAGAACUGUAGGAGGACAGAAAGACAAAUAACAAAGGAACAUUGGUCUGACAUCUUGGCCUGAAUGGCCAGAAAGGGUGGAAUUAAAUCAAUAAGUAGAGGACAAUAAGAAUAACUGCUAAUGGCAUUUAUGUCACCCAAUACCAUCAGUUAAACAUGACUCUUUUUAUUUAGCAUGAGUUGCAUGGUGGACUAGUAAAAAAGAAAAAGAAACUAUAGCUAUUACGACUAUCCGUAUGAAGAAUAUAUUUUUCUUUUAACGAUUCCUCACUUUUGCAUACAAUUUAUGUAGCCAGACUAUUAAGGUGUUCAAUGAGAGAGUGUUUUCUUUUCACAUUUCUUCCUAUUCUUCUUUGUGGUACAGAGUACAUGUUACCUGGCAGCUCUGGUCAUAUUGACCACUAUUUCCUAACUAGAGACUUGAAGAAAGAUGGAGAAUAUACAUAUUUCAGCAAGCUCUCUAUGUUGUGAAAAGCUAAAAUAACGUUUGACCUUGUUUAUGUUGGCAUGCUUGUGAUCCUGGAUCUUAAUGAGAAGAAUCAUUUAGGCUAAAUUAGAAAUCUAUGUUUCUGUCUACUGCUAUACAUAUUGAUGUAUACGAUCAAUUAUUUAUGGAGAACUUAUCAUAGUGAACCAUUGUUACUCUCACAUACUAAAUAUAUAAUUUGAACAGUGUUAUUUUUUUAAAGAGAACUAGAAAAGAAAUCAUAAAGAAUCUGGUUGAGUCAGGAUAUGUCUGACCAUCUUUCCCCAACAACCUUUAGCUACUAUGAAAGCAGCAAAAAUAUGUGUAUAUUUUAAAACAUAAAAUCAUUAUUUGCCAUUAGGAACAUGGGGGGAAAUCAACUGCAUGCACAAUGUUAUGCAACAUGAAAUCAAUAGGAAAAAAAGAGUUCAAGAAUACAACUCUAGCAUGAAAUAAAUUUUGUAUGAAACCUGUCAGAAGGGUCUGUAUUUCAUUGAAUGGAUUGAAUGUA